AUGCCGAAAGCGAGCGUAACCCCAGGCACCAUACGCCUGUCAGCUCGCCGGGGUGCGGAUUCGAGCAUUCAGGUCGCCCUCUGCGGACGCCGCUCCAUGCAGCGCUGGGUGGACGCUCGUCGCCGAACCUCAGGCGCUGUAGGUCUGCUCCCACGACAGCCUGUGUUCCGCCAUCCCGAUAUAGCAUCCACGCUGAGGUUUGGAUUCUGCAUCUGCAUCUGCUGGUGUUUGACGACGCUCUCCCCAGAACAGAACCCAUGUCUCCUCAGGUUCUGCAUGGGCGAACACCUUGCGUCUCAGCAGCACGAUGCACGUUGCAGUCAGCGCUGCCCGUCGAUCAAACGGGUGCUGAGGCAAGGAUGGGGACCGGGCGGGCAUAGUGUGAUCGUCACGGUCCUUGGUGGAGGACACGAGGAAGUCGGCGAGGUCCCUCUUGGCAAACGGGACCAUCGUUCUUCCGGGCGACAGGUUGACCGUGCGUUUUCACGCACACCACUCACCACACUCGACCGUGGCUGA